CAGAAAGGUUGAAGUGUCGGAAAUGUUAAAACUGUGGUUGGAACCUCGUAUUAAACCUAACUUUAAGAAUGAUUCAAACGGCGAAAAACCCUGGCUUGAUAUUAUAGAAGACAUGUUAAAGGAUAUCUGUAUUAGGGUUUUGUCUCCACUACCUCUGGACGUCUUUGCACACAUUAUGGAUCGGUUAGUUCGGAUUUAUGAUGAAGACCGGGUAUUUAUAUUGGAAAGAUUACUCACGAUUACACCACAUCCUGAUGAGGUUACUGGGGAAGUGACUAUAAGACGUAUGAGAUCAUAUUUAAUAUCAACACUCUCGCCAUCAGAUACAGUAAAGGAUCCUUUAAGAAUUGAAAUUUCUGAAGAUUUUGUUGAGAUGGCAAAAAUGGUUUUGGAACGAUCUCAUCAGGAACUUGCUGAUACCGACAAAGCAAUUACAGAAUUUUAUAUGAAUCAUAUACAUAGGCAUGGGCGUUAA